AUGAAAACUGUUCUUAUUUUUAUCGCCAAAUUUUUGUUGACUCUCGCUUGUCCUUAUGAUGGUGGAAAUAUAAUUGGGCUUCCUUACUGUCUUCAUUCAAAGAUACAGGAUGGCAAAGUAUGCACAGGUAUUGAUGUAUGUCCUUCGCAAUUCACUUAUGCUAAGAGAAGUGGUAUUGUUGCCUGAUGUUACCCGCCAAGUGGAACAAGCGCGAUUAUUUUCGAUUUACAGUUUUCAAGCAUCAAGGAUUUAACUGCUGCUCAGAUAGUGAGUUCAACUGAUUCAACUACUAUUUUCCAAAACCCAGGCUCCAUUUCAUAUAGUUCUCCCACACAAAAUUCCCCACUUCCAACUAUUGACCGUGGCUUUUACUUUGCUACUACUUCAAGUAUCGCGAAUAGUAAAGGUUUUAUUCCUGGGUGCUAUUUUACUUUAAAUUUAUGAAUUAAGCCUCUUGCUAAUGGGGAAAUUUUAAAUGUUAUUUUUAGUCCAGAUUCGUAUAUAUAAAGAGUUCAAUUUUUCAUCAUAUUUUUGCUAAAAAUUAUUCUAAAGUAAGAUAGAUAAAAUUAGGUAAGGCAAUAAGUGGAGUUAACUAGUGGCUAUCGCCUUGUCUUGGCUCCAAAGAGUCAGUCUCCAUAUGCCUCGGAGCUCAAACGGGAAAAAUGAAAGGCCACUAUAUUGGAUCUCUGAUCUGAGCCACCUGUUCCAACGAUCAGCUCUGGGGUAGAGCCUAUCUCUGGAAAGCAUCUUACAGUCCUGAUAAGGAAAGAAAGUGUGAUAGGAGACCUCUCAAGCCUCAGCAGGAACAAAUAAGUCUUCUGGGGAGAAAAAAAGCUACCUUCUGUGAGUAAGCACUGAAAAUCACAAAGGUAUCCGAAUUCACCACAAUGGUAUGGUUCCCCCCUGUUUCAUAGGCACUACACAUUGGAAUCGUUUCUGUAAGCAUCACAAUUUAAUUUCUAUCCUAAAGUAAGGCUUUACUUUACCAAUCAUCACUUAUAAUAACUCUUAUAGUAACAAAAAAUUUAAUAUUUUAUAUAAGGAUAUGGGCUGAUGCCUCAGGUGUGUAUAAAUUCACAAUAUAUGUUUACGAUUCAAAUAACAGUCAAGCCUCAAGAACUGCAGUUUCCACUUCUAGCUUUACAUCUUCAUGGCAUACUGCUUCCAUGAUUAUUAAUCAGCUCGACUGCGAUACAGUUAAUAUUUCUUUUUACAUUAAUGGAAGCAAUGUCGGGAGUACAGACUUCAGCAAUACUGAAGUAAGGGUUCCAAAGCUAACCUAUACAUGGAAUAUUGGAAAUACAGGUAGUGGAAAUUCUUUCAGAGGGUUUAUUUAUUGGCUUCAAGCAAGAGCAGAUUGUGUUCAGAGCACUGCUGCUUUGACUGCUACUAUUAAUUGUGUUGAUAACGAAUAUUGAGAUGGCUCUUCUUGCCAAAACUGCAGCCCAAGUUGUCAAACUUGGCCUUGGUGUAUUAGAGGAACCGACUGUAUCACUUGCAAUGUCCUUGAUUGUAUUACUUGCAAGGGAUAUCCUCCAUUAACAUGCAUUAAUUGUAAUACAGGUGUAGUUCCUAAUUGCUGUGACUAUUUAGGGACAGCUUGCUCACAAACUUGGACAAAUACAGGGUGUAGUACUGGAAAUUUUUUGGUUGGGGAUGCUUGCUUAUAUGCAUGCCCGUAUGGUUUUGGAAAUUGUGCAGCUGUUAGUACAGCUGUUUUAACUGCUGAUUUUACAGGGGCCUUUGCAGGAAGUUAUGGAACAGCUUUGAUUACGGCUACAAGUUCUUCGAGUUAUAACUAUUGGAAUUCUCCAGAGUCUUCUGAUCCAAAGCCAGCUAAAAAUAGAGGGCUUUAUUUUGACUCUAAUCAAUUUUUGAGCGGAUCCAUAAAUUUGUCUAACACUUGGAGUAUGGCGAUCUGGGUUUAUGCAAUAUCUGGGACAAUAAUUAGUCAUAGUACAAAUAAGCUUAUUAUUGAUUCUAGUGGAGCUGCAACUUUUUACUUAGUCUAGCAUAUUAAUUUAAAAAAAAUGAUCAUAAUUUCUAAAAAAUGUUUAUUAUAUAAUAUAUUGGUAUUUAAUUAAUAAAUAUUAUAAUUAAUAAUCUGCUAUUCUGUGUUGAAUUUUUCAUUGUUAUUCUCAAACGAUAUAGAUUAAAAAAGAAUUAUGAUUUCUUUUCAACUUAUUAUCAAAUAUAUUUAAUCAAAAAAACCUGCAUAAGAAAAAAGUCAUUCUCAUUUUCAAUAGAGAAUUAGAAAAAAUGGGAUGGUUCAUCUUCCCUUACAAGCUACUCAGUUUCGCAGGCUUUAACUUCUUAUACAUGGACAUAUAUUUCCUAUUCAUUUGGGUUUGCAAAUAAAGCCUCAACUAUGACUCCGUGUCUUAACAAGAUUGCUGGAACUCCAACAACUGUAACAGAUUAUAUAUUCCGACUACCUUCCGGUGGAACGCUAUACGUCGGCAAAGGCUCACCAAAUUUCAAUGGAUUUAUAGCUUACUUUAUCCUUUGGCAGGUGACAGUCAGUGAUUUUUCUGCUUAUUAUAGUAUCAAUACAUUGACAGGAGGCUCAGUAUCAGCUUUUUGGUCAUGUGAUUAUUUGUAUUAUUAUGAUGGAUCAGUCUGCAAAACAUGCUUACUCCCCCAUCCUUGAUCGAACGACUCGCCAUCGUUCGAUCAAGGAUGGGGUUUAAAAACAAAAUUUUUAUAUAUAAAAUAAAAUAUAUAUAUAUAUAUUUUUUUAUUUACUUUUAAAUAAGAGGGUUAAGAGUAUUUAAUAAUUAUUUUUACAACAAAAAAAUUGAAUUAAUUUCAUAAACUACCAAUUUUUAAUAUUUUGAUUUAUUAGUUACCCCUUUAAACUGUAUAAAUUUUAAUUUGUUCCUUAUUAAAUUAAAUUUAUUUUUUAAAAUUUUAAAGAAUCUCUAUUUUAUUAGAUUAUUGAGUUUUUAAGCCUAGGUUGAUGACUAAAUCACUCAUAUGGUCGAUCCCAAAGCUUCCUGCCGUCUCAAAGUCUCUGAAAACAACUUCAUUAGGUGCAUCUUCCCAAGCUUUUGAUAACUAAUAUAUUUUUAUAUAUAUAAAAAUUUGCAUGAUAUGAAAAUCGUUCGAUCAAGGAUGGGGGUUAAUUUCCCAAUUUUUAGGAAUUUUACAGUCAAUCGUUCAAUCAAGGAUGGGGGGAGUUAGAUUCAUCCUGCACAAAUGGUUGUACUCGAGGAACAUCUUGCUAUAUUUGUGAUGAUUUUUUAUGUGCUGAAUGCUCAUCAUUUUGGUCGGGGGCUUGCACUUUAUGCAUUCCUAAUGCUUCUGGAUCCCCAUGCUCUUGCAAUUCUGGAUUUUACCAACCUGACGCAAACCAAGCUUUAUGCUCAGCUUGCUAUUCAGGAUGUGCUCAUUGCACAGGCUCAUAUUAUUAUUUAUGCACCUCCUGUAGCUCUAGUUCCUUUUUUUAUAACAGUAAAAUGUGUCUUCCAGAUUGCCCUAUAGGAUAUACAAAAAAUACAGGCACAGGUAACUGUGAUUUGUCAUCAGUAACGGCACUUAGCUUAUCUUUUAGCAAUCAAAUACUACUUGAUCAACUGUCAGGAAAGCAAGUAGGAUCUUCAUUUUCUAAUGCUUAUCCUACUUAUGAUUCGAAUGAUCCAGUUCCAGCAUAUCUCAGAGGCUACUAUUUUAAUUCCAAUAGUUAUCUAACUACAAUGUUUAUGCUUGCUCCAAAUUUUUCAAUAUCUCUAUGAAUAAAGGCUACAGCAAGUGGUAUGGUUAUAACAAAAUAUGUAUCAACAACCCAGUGAUUUGUUCAAAUUUUAUCAUCAGGGUAUCCAAAACUGUCACUUCUCUUAAUGGAUGCUUCAAGCACCGUUUCAGUAAUAGGACCCUCAAAUGUGCUUAAUAGCUGAGUUUUUGUAUCAUUUGACUGUAAAGUUAAUUCUGGCGGGACAACAACAAUAAGUUCUUAUAUUGAUUCUGCUUCUCAAGCUACUUCUACAUCUUUAAGUCCACUUUAUUUGUUAGACAGCAAGACAGGAAACUUUUAUAUCGGGCUUUACAGUGGUGGGUUUAUUGGGUUUUUGUGGGAACUAAAGAUUUACUGCCAGAGUAAUCAUGCAUUGGAUGACUGACAAACUGUUGGAUGCUCAGGCAGCUGCACAAAAUGUCCUAUAGAUUUAACUUGCCCAGAUAAUUGCCCAUUAUCUCAAUAUUAUGAUGGCUCUCCUUGUGCGAGUUGCAUAAGUGCAUGCAAUAAAGGAUGCAGAAACGCUGAUUCUUGUAACCUUUGCAAGACUAAAGAAUGCGCUACAUGCACUGAGUUUACAGGUGCUAAUUCAUGCCUAACUUGCAUUACAAAUGCUGUUAGCGAUGGGAAUGGAGGCUGCACUUGUGCUUCUAAUGCUUUCUGAGUGUCUUCAAGUGAAACAUGUGAGCUUUGUGAUGCUCUUUGCUCGACUUGCUUAAAAACAGCAUAUUUUGAAUGCUCAGCUUGUCUAGGAGGCUAUCAACUAGCAGGAACUGUGUGUCUAGAUGAGUGUCCUUACAGUACUUCUUGCUCAGUAGUAACGACUACAGUGAUUGAUCAGUCUUUUGAUGAAGAUUUUCAAGGGUCUUAUGGAAUUUUUACAACAGGGACAAGUGCAGCGACUUUUCAGUUUUCCAACAGCCCUGAAAGUGUUGACCCAAUUCCUGCAUAUAAGCGAGGCUUAUAUUUUGAUGGAAAUAUGUAUUUAUUAUCCUCAACAACUGUUUAUCUUUCUCAUAGUUUUUCAAUCGGAGUAUGGUUAUAUGUAAUUACAAAUGGUGAUUUAUUGCAAAAACAAACUUUUUUAACGCUGACUUCUACAGGCUCUAUAGCUGUUACAAUGACAGAUCCAGCUCAGGCAACAUCUUCUCAGGCAUUAACACUUAGCUCGUCAUUUACUGGGUGGGCUUAUCUAUCAGUCACUUUUAUGCUAAUAUAUUAAAACUUCGAGCUGAUUAGAAGCUAUUAAUUUAUUAUUUGACUGAUAUUUUAGAUAUAUCUAUUGUGAUUUCGAUCAUUUCUGGUAUCUGGAAUUGAAAAUGCUAAGAUGAGAUAAAUUUGAUGAGAAAAUAGAUAUUGAAAAAUAUGGACUCAAUUAUAUUAUUUUUAUAGAUUAAAACAUAAACUUAUAGCCCAAAAAAGUGCAAAUGUCUAAAAUAGAAUGAAUAUUCACUAGGGAACACAGCCCUAUCAAUUUAUAUAAAUGGAGUUUCAAGUUCAGCAAGCAGUUUAACAAAAAUGAUUUACAGAGACCAGGCACUGACCUCUCUAAUACUCGGCAAAAGCAACAAUCCUGGAUUUGUGGGCUUUAUUUAUUAUUUUCAGCUAUGAAAUACUGCAAUUACAGGAUUUCCAGCAAUUAUCAGCAGUUUUACAUUUUGUGAAUCAGGGCAGGGAGCAUCUUGUUUAUGAGCCUGCGAUAUUUCUUCAUAUAUAAAUGGAGCUAUCUCUGCUUGCAAUUCCUGUACCUAUGGAUGCAGGCGAGCUAGUACUUGUAAUAUUUGUGACGAUUCAUUAUGCAUAACUUGCACAGGAUUUGAUUCAAGUAAAUGCACUCAAUGUGAUCCCAGUGUAACUUUAUCGUCAGGGCUUUGCCUAUGCAAUGCUGGGUUUGGAAGAUCCACUGAUGGUUUAUCAUGUGCUUCUUGCUUCAGUGGGUGUUCUUUAUGCUUGGCUGUGACCUAUAAUAAAUGUACAGCAUGCAGUUCUGGAUAUUUCUUUGCUAAUACUGGACAGUGCUUAGAUGAGUGCCCAUCUGGAUAUACACAAAAUACAGGGGGAAAAACUUGCGAUUUUGUGUCAAAAUUUGGGAUUAGUCUUGAUUUAACAGACCAGGUUAGGCUGGAUACCGUUUCUGGCUUUAAUGUAGGGAUUCUAAUACAUGCAGGCUUACUUAAUUAAUUAAUUGGCUUCUAUUCGAGCCUCUAGAUAUGUAGCUCUUAAAGGAGCCAUUUUUCUUAGUUUUGUUCGCUCCCUAGGAUAUUUCGACAGCUUGUUGAUUGGAUCCCUCUCUAGCUUCCUUGAGACCAUUUGAAAAACCAGAAGCCAAGAAUACUAAUUUUCUUGGGAUUUUUACCCUAGAUUCGAGGUAAAAAGCCUUAACCAUUAUUUCCUUUAUCACAUAGAAUGCAAGUAUAACCAUCUAUUCCUAUAAAAUAAAAUCUGAGAAAGGGGGAAUUGUCCAUUUUAUUUGUAUUGGGGAUUCUAAUACAAAUACUUAUAGUGGGUUAACAUCAACUGAUUUGAAUGAUCCUAUACCUUCUUAUAAAAGAGGGUAUUAUUUUUACAUGAGUGAUUAUUUAUCCUCUACAGUCAUGAUAGCUCCAUCAUUCACUAUUUCUCUAUGAACUAAACCUCUAAAUCAUGGAACUUUGAUGACUAAAUAUAUUACUACUACUGAGAUUCUCAAAAUUGAGAUCAACUCGUCAGGAUUUCCAGCGCUUUCAAUUGUGUUUGCUGACUCAUCAACCCAAACUCUAACUACCUCCACAAGUAUUACAUUAAGCUGGCAUUUUUUAAGUUUUACGUGCAAUAUCCAAGAUGAUGGAAAAUCAAUUUUAAAACUUUAUAUUGAUAAUGGAGCAUCUCCAAGUUCUAUACUAUUAUUCUAGAUAUGUCCUUUAUUUUAAUCUCGGACAAUAUUUUUAUUAUUUAUAAGAGAAUUGAAUAUCAUUUCAACAGCUUUCACUUAUUUUAAAGAUACUAAUGCAGGAAUGCUGUAUGUUGGAAAUGAUGAAACUUUUGGGACUUCAGGACUAUAUGGAUUUUUAGGAAGAUUAAUGAUAUAUAACUCUCAUAGUUAUAAAUCUGACGACUACGCAACAUCUUCUUGCACAUCUGGCUGUUCUACUUGCCCUUCAAACCACCAGUGUUUAAGCGACUGUGCAGUAAAUGAGUAUCCAGACAGCUGCAAUACUUGCAAGACUGGCUGCAGCGAAGGAUGCGUUAGUGACUUAACGUGCAGACUUUGCAGAGAUAAAGAAUGCCAAUCAUGCACGACUUUUACAGGAGAAUGUACAAGUUGUAUUGCAAACGCUCAUAAAGUAAGUAAUCAUUGUGUAUGUGUUGCAAAUGCUGUAUGAGAUUCAGAUACUGAGAGCUGUGAACUUUGCGAUGCAAUGUGCUCUGCAUGCUCAACUCCAAACUAUAAUGGCUGCCUCACAUGCAUUUCCAGCCACUAUCUAAUACAAUCAUUCUGCAUGCCAUUUUGUCCUACUGGGUAUAUUAUAAAUGGUGGUAACUGCGAUAGAGACCCGAAUUAUUCAAAUUCUUUUGUAUUUAACUUGAUGCCUCAUCAAAUAAAAGACAUCAUCACUGAUUUGAAGUCAAAUAUUCAGGUAUUAACAGGCAAAGAUAACAAAUUUUAUCCUGAUUAUGAUUCAACUGAUCCUAUAGCAGCCAUUUAUAGAGGUUAUUAUUUCUCUGGUUCAUCUUAUAUGAGGCUGCCUCCUUAUGCAGGCACCACUUCAUCAUUGCUCACAUUUUCGCCAAAAUUUGUUAUGUCAGCAUGAAUAAAGCCAAUUUCAAAUACAGGAGUAAUCUUUUCCAAGCAAGCCGAUAGUGGUCUUUUUAAAAAACAUAUUAGUUUGGAAUUGAUAAACAAAGCCCCUUCACUUACUUUAACUUUAAAAAAUUCUAAUACAAAAACUUUUACAAGUACUAAUCCAUCAUUAGAAGCUGCCCUUUCUCAAUGAAAUUUCAUAUCAGCAAGCUCAGGCAUAAGUACUAAUCCACAACAAAUUAUUAGUUUAUCUAGAAAUGGAAUGAUCGAUACAUCCAGCGAUCUAGACCCAAGCUGGCUAAGUGAUUUAGGUGCUUCGUUUUUGAUGACUAUUGGAGCAGGCUAUAUUAGCUCUUCAAUCUUAACGUCAUUUUUCAGUGGAUUUCUCUGAGAUCUCAAAAUUUAUAAUGCGCUAAUAGCAGUUAGUAGUUUAGCAUCAAGCAUAGGGGUUUUCCUUAUAUGGCCCGAUAAGGGCCGUGGGUUCUCCGUGGAAUCCCUCUGUUGGUCAAACCAACUCAGUGCGUUUGUUUGACCAAUUCACUGGUUGGUUCAACCAGCAGAGGGAUUCCACGGAGAACCCACGGCUCUUAUCGGGCCAAUAGGGAAAACCCCUAUACUUGUAGUGGGUGCUCUCUAUGUCCAAUAGAUAAUUCCAAUACUUGCUUGGAUAGUUGUGAUAUAGAUAAAUACUGAAAUGGCAACAGCUGUGUCACAUGCUCAUCUGGAUGCUUAGCUAAAGGCUGUGCAAGAGUUGAUAAAAGUUGUAAUCUCUGCCAAGAUAUGCUAUGUGAAGUAUGUGAUGACUAUACAAGUGUAUGCAUUACCUGCAAAACGCAUGCAAGCUUAAGCGGAGCAAGUUGCCAAUGCAAUUCUGGAUACUUUUGGGAUAGCACCAAUGAAAACUGUGGCUCUUGUGAUGUUUCUUGUAAAACUUGUGCAUCAUCAACUUCGUUAGACUGUCUGACGUGCUCUAAUGGAUUUUAUAAUGUAUCAGGAAUUUGUGUAAAUAGCUGCCCGUUAGGAUAUUCACCUUCUGGAAGUAGUUGUGUAUUAGUUCAAGAAAAAAUUUUUGACUUGGAUCUGAAUACUCUGAAUGGAGUAAUUUAUGAUAAGGUAAACUCAAUUCCUGUUAUAACUGGAUCAACUGACUCCCCCCUUUUGGAUAAUUGAAAUAUGGUCUCCGAUCAAAAGUUCAUCUCUUGCAUAUUUUGGUGAAAUUAUACCAGCUAUUUCUGGGAAGAGAGAGUUUUUUCCUACCAGACUCUUUACCUUAUGAACCUAAUUUUUCAGAAGAUUACCAUUUACCCUAGGUGGUGGAGACUAGGGCCUUUAGGGUGCCAUUAGUACCCAAGUAAGUGCCUAAGCUCAAAGAAGACUUAUCGAAGCCUAAAAUUCAAUACUGGCAUUAUUUUGUUGAUCAAAGUCAGAGACCAAAGGAAAAUAAAGUGAAAUUCGCCCCAGAGUGGUGUUGGAGAUAGCUGUGGUCAAGCAACCUUGUAGUGGACGUUAAAUGUAUAUAAAAUUAAUUAAUAUAAGACUCCCCCUUUUCAAUUAGAGCCAAAAAAAAAGUUUCCAAUUUAAAGAGGUAAUGUUUUUUCAGAAACAAUUUAUUUAUAAAUUUUAUCAAUUUAAAUUACUAGCUUGAUUUAAAGACUCCGCCUUUCUAAUUCCAGGGAGGAGUAACCAAUUUUAUCCAAAUUAUGAACCUGAUGACCCUAUACCUGCUUACUUAAGAGGAUUUUAUUUUAACGGCAAAUCUUCUAUUUUAAGGAUGCCAGAAUAUUCAAAUUAUGCAUCACCAAGACUUAUAAUUCCCUCUACCUUUACGAUUUCUAUAUGAUUAAAUACUGAGACUUCAUAUGGCACUCUAUUAUCAAAGCAUAACAUUUCUGAUAGUUAUUCAACGCUUUACUCCAUCUCAUUGAUGGGCAGCAAAAUUUCGAUUUCAUUUACCUUAAGCUCAUUCCAAAUUUUUUAUAUGGCUGAUAGACUUCUCAAUAAUUACGAAUGGAGUCAUGUAGUAUUUACAUUAGAAUUGACUCAAAACAGUUACAGUAAACUGUCUUGUUAUAUAAAUGGAUUAUCUGACGCGCUCGGAAACUCAAUAUAUGGGAUUUUCCAGGAUAAAGGUCCUCACACAAUAAUGUCUAUAGGCGCUCAGCUUAGUUCAUCAUCAACUUAUAAUUUUUAUCAAGGCUUUCUUUAUAGUAUACAGAUAUUUAAUUCACUAAAGUCUAUGUCAAGCCUUUCCACGACCUCUUGUACUGAAAGCUGCAGUGUGUGCCCAACAGACCAAAAAUGCAUUCCGAAUUGCAAAAUAAAUGAAUAUUGAGCUGGACCAGCCUAUAAUAAAUGCUAUCAGUGCAACGUAAAAUGCAAAGAAACCUGCAGAGACUGAAGGUCUACUUGUUCUCUUUGCGAUAAUUUAUUAUGCGAUUCUUGCAAUGAUUAUUCAUCUACUGGCUGCUCUAAAUGUAUAGAAAACGCUAUCAAUCCUAGUUCUUGUAUUUGUGAUAUAAACUAUGUGCUUGACACUUCUAAUAGCAAUUCUUGUAUUCCUGUGGAAGCAGGCGGAUUUAGAGGUCCUGAUGGGAAAUUGUAUCCAUGUCCAAGCUUCUGCACUUAUUGUGAAUCCUCUACAAAGUAUAAUUAAAUAUGGCGUCUCAACUUGGGUCUGGCCUCUCGGCCAGACAGUUUCGAGCCCUAUUUAAUUAUAUCCGGCAAGGUUUUGCCUAGCUAGAGAUGGACAGCAAUAUCAGGUAAGCAAUUCUGGCAGUGUACAGAGCCUGAUGCCAGUCCGUUCUCGGGUUAGGAUUUUACCUCGAGGGAAGAGGAGGCUUGGAGUUGGAAAGGAGAAGCCCAGCAGCGCCUACAGGUAAUCCCUAGGCCAUUCGGGCAAAUCUCUAGCGAGAAACCGGGAGUUUCGCCCCGGGCUACAAGUUUUCCUCUUUUGCCGAGAGUCGGCCAGAAAUUCCAUUUUUUGGAAUUUCCCAGCAGACAACCCUCGUUACAGAGAAAGUAGCUCAAUCAUGAGCCGUCGAGGCCGGAACAUCGCGCAGGAGGUGCGCGUUGGAGAUCAAAGCUAGCUGUCCCAGCAACUAGUGGGCCCCGAGCGACGAGAGCGCGUGGUGGUAGUCCUGGAAGAGCAACCCCGUAGGAGACGUUAAACGUGAUGGCUAAUAAGUUAAGGUAAGAAUCCUCUACAAAGUGCAAUUCUUGUGUAGAAAAUGCCAGCCUUAAAAAUGAUCUAUGCUAUUGUGAUUUAGGUUACAAUGGGGCUGAAAACUGCAUAUUAGUUCCCUUUUCAGCGAAGUUGACUGCUUUUUCAGAUAAUUCACUUUACCUUAUUUUUUCAGAUAUCCUUGCUAACAGUCUCUCUGCAAAUGACUUUACUAUCAAAAUUCAAAAACAAGGAGAAGCUUCAUUUAAAAUUGAGGAGAUGAAUAGCACUUGCUAUUAUAUUUCUCUAGUUAUAUCUAAAGAAAUAUCUAAAGGCACAUUAACUACUUUAGAAUUCUCAAACUUAACAGACAUAAAAUCAAUAUCAAACGGCGUUUUAAAUUCUUCAGAUAUUUCUAUAUCACUUAAUUCUUAUGAUCCAGCUCCAUACUCUCCGGCAGUUGAGGCAAUUACUUCUAAAGCAGCAGCUGGGGUUCAAGUUGCUAUAUCCUUUUAUAAUGAAUAAAAAUUUGAUAGUGAUUUUUUCCCUCACAUUUAGUGAAUAGGAACAAGGCAAAUCAGUACCAAAUUUUAUUCCCUAUAAUCGGAUAUAUUUCUGGAGCUGUUGCCUUAUCAAUUGUAAAUCCAAGCCCUAGUUCUUUAUGAAGUAUGAUAAACAGCUUACAAAUUCUGAGUUACUUGACUUUAUCAGGAAUUCCACUGUCAUCCAAAAUGAGCUCGUUUUUGAAUAAUUUGAAUUCCUUCAAUUUAUUUCCAAAUAUUUUUAUAUAUAUAAUUGAUAAAAAUGAAGGAAAUGCUCCAUAUUCUCAAGCACAAGAUUUUGGGUUUGAUACUGAUUUGAUUUUAAUAACGCAAGGCAAUGAUUUUACAAUAAUAGUUGCAUCAUUAACUGCUCUGCCUGUAGUUUUCUUUUUUUCACGAUGCUCAUUUAGGUGAAUUGGUAAAAAGUUUAUGAAAACAGUAAAAGUUUAUCAGUUUGGAUUUUAUCUGAGAUUUUGAAUCCAGUGCUACCUUGAACUAGGAGCUGCAGCUAGUAUUGGCCUAAUUACUUUUGGGUUUAACAAUUUCACACAAAUUAUCAAUUUUAUUAUAUGCUUAGCAAUUUAUAUACUACUAGUUAUAACUCCACCAGGAUAUUUCUGGUUCUCUUAUAAAAAUAAAAAUCGGAUCCAGUCAAGAGAAAAGAGCUUCACAGAGUUAUUUAGUUCCUUCUUUUAUGAGUUCAGAGUUGAUAGAGGCCUCCUUGCAACACAGUAUUACUUCGUGUUCUUUAUAAGGAGAUUCAUCUAUAUAAUAAAUUUGGUAUUUUUGAGGGAAUAUCCGCAAACUGAAGUCACCAUAAAUAUUGUUCUUUCCUUAAUGACUAUUUUGCAUCUGAUCUUUUUCUGGCCUUUUGAGGACCCAGUUUUGCAAAUAAACAAUUUAUUGACUGAAAUUAUGAUUUGCUUAGUUAUGAGCUCGACAUCAAUUUAUUUAUUUAAUUUAGAGCAAGAAAUUACCUCGACAUUUGAAAACGCCAUUGUAGCUAUUGUGAUAGGAGUUAUGAUCAUUCAAUCUUUUUCUUCAAUCGCGAUUUUUGCAAGAACUCUGUAUGGUGUUAUCCAUCAUAAGCUGACCAAAGCAGGGAUUAUGAGAAAUAGUAUUCAACCUUUGAAUGAUAGCCAUAAAAAAAUCGAAAAAUAA